CGAUGGCAUCCAAAACGUCCGAUAAAGAGUCGGGUAAAGCGUCUGACACACGAUCCCCACCCAUCCCAAAUGCAGUGAUCGAUAGGAGCGAUCGGGAAGGUAGCGAGAAACAGUGGGGUUACGAUCUUUAUCCGGAGCGAAGAGGUGAAAAGUAUAAGCCCAGCUGGGGCCGGGUUCUGCUCGGUAUCGAGGGCACGGAAAAUUUGGACAAGAUCAAAUGCGAACGAAACGUUUACUCCUGCGUGAAGAAAAGUCCCAUGGUAAAGUUGAUGAUGGGAGCGUUGAAGAGUUCUGGAUGCGAAAUCGAUAUUCGAAGGCACAUCGCGUGCGAGGUGUGCGAUACAUCGGUCAGCGGUGGUUACGAUCCGGUGCUGAAUCAGGUUGUGGUUUGCCAGAAUAUUGCCCGCAACGAGGGCAUCGUGCAGGGCGUACUGACGCACGAAAUGAUCCACAUGUUCGACUACUGUAACAAUAAUUUGGAUUUUAAAAAUAUCGAUCAUUUAGCGUGCACGGAAAUUCGUGCAGCCAAUCUGACGCACUGUUCCUUUCUGAGUGCGUGCACGCAGGGUGAUGCUUCACCGUUCAAAAUCAAACAGGCACAUGCGGACUGCGUGAAAACCAAAGCCCUUAAUUCGGUACUGGCCGUGCGUAAGGUCAGUCCGGAAGAGGCUAUCGCUGCAGUGGAACGGGUGUUUCCUAAGUGCUAUAACGAUCUGGAACCGAUCGGUCGCCGAAUACGAAGAAAUUCGAAGGAUAUGUACAAAGCAUACCUGGAAGGUCCAAUGUACGGGUACGAUGUGGAUUAGCAAGCUCGUUUUUACUGGCAUUUUGUUGCAAUAAAUGGUUGGCGGUAGUAGUAGUGAAA